GAAGCCAUGUCAGCAGUACUUGCCGCCCCAACCCGUCAGACCGCCGCCCGGCAUCUCAUCGCUCAUGCUCGCAGCCUCUGGGCGGCAAAGCACCAGUCGGUCAGGCCCGACGAUUGCACCGCAGUCGUCCUUUUCCUCCCAGAGUUCGCCCCCUCAGGCCUCCUCUCUGGCUCUGCCUUGCCGCACUCCGGCCCCCUCUCUUCCACCCCUUUCUCUGGCCCUCUCUCCUCCACUCCCUAUUCUGGUCCCUUGUCGUCCAUCCCUCAUUCUGCUCCCCUCUCUAGCUUCCAUUCCCCGGGGCCACAAGGUUCGGAGAACACGUGGGAUGGGGGAGCAGGAGACGGGGCGGGAGGUGGGAGUGGAGGAGGGAGGAGGAAGAAGAGCAGCAGGAGGAAGUCAGGGCGGAGAGAGGCCGGGCUCAUGUCUUUCAUGGGUGCGGUGGAGGAAGGGAACGAGGAGGCUUUUGAUGAUACGGCGAGCAUAGCGAGUAUAGGCACCGUGUGCACGGACGCAUCGUUUGGUACGGUGAUCUACUCAGAAGCAGAUUACAAGCCAAGCCAAACGGCGGCAGCAGGGGUGGGCAAUCCUACUGUGGUGCUCACGCCUCCUGUGUGUGAGGACGGGUUUUACCGCGAUGACACGAUUCGAGUGCCUGUGGAGAGGCAGGUGGAGAGGGGGACAGAGAGGCAGACAGAGAGCCGGGAGAAGGAGAACAUGGGGAAUGGAGAUGGUGUGCGAUCAGUGCUGGGAAACACGGGCCAGGGCGUGAGCAGCAGCAGCACCAGCGACAGUGUUAGUCUGAGCAGUAGUGAUAGCAAGGCAGUGAAGCAAGGUGGCAAUGGGGAGGGCAGACGAAAUGUUAUCAGGCUGUUUUACAAUGGGGAAUUCGCCUCUGCUUCUGCCUCCGCCUCUGCCUCUCUAAGUAGCUCCAAGGUGGUGCCACUGCCACCUGAAGGCCACACCAACAAUGCCCCUGAAAACCCACCUGGGAAAGCACCUGGGAAUCCACCUGUCACCAUCUCCAUCUGCUCUGCUGAUGGUAAACUCCUGGUGCCUGAUGCCCGAGUCAUGGCUCCACCCAUGCGCUCUCGGAGUCUUACCGCCCUAUCUGGCUGCAUCGGUGGGGGCAUGGCUGGCACGGGCGGCACAGGCGGCACGGGCGGCAUGGGUGCCUCCUUGAGGGAAGUUCUGGGGAGCGAGGCCAGCAGCAGCUGCACCAGUGGCGGUGGUGGCAGCGGCGGGAUGGCAUGUGGUGGUGGCAGUGGGAAUGGGUGCAUGAGUGCGAGGAUGGCGGAUCGCUAUGAGAGUCUGGGCAGUGGUGCUGCUGAAGAAGCAGGGGACGGGGCAGAGUGCGGGGUGGGGAGUAAAUGGGGCAGCACGUGGGAGAUCAAGUGGGAGAGCAGCAGUGCAGGGUGUGGAGCGGCUGUGCGGUAUGCAGUGGCACGGCUGUGUUUGGACACGGUGUGGCACAAGUGCUGGCGCACAGAGCCGUGA